AUGUUCACCGAUAUCGAGGCGGCUGAAGCGCUGCUUGAGCUUCGCUACAACACACGUGCCGCAAAUCAAUCAUUACCCAUGCCAAAUCUACCCGAGAGGAACGAUCAAGGAACGCAGACCGAUCCUGUUCUCGAUUAUCCUUCAAGUGUCAAUUUAGAAGAACUGGAAACGGCAUUAAAACGCUUGUACCAGCAGGUCCUAGCCGUAUUAUCUAAUUUUGAAAAAAAUGAAAGACGAUCAAUAAUGGAUAGGACAUCUGAAGAUCGAGGACUAGAUGAGAAUGAAGAGAUUUUAGCAGUAGAAGAACCGACCAUUGUUCUUCAAAAUACGUCAAGUGUUGAGCUCGAAAUGGAUGAGAUGGCUGGUGGCUUAAAAAUACGUAGAGUAUCAGCGCAGACUACUAACGCAUGUUUGCCAUUGUCGGUUAACAAUGUUGAUAUGGUUUCAAUUGGAAACGGCAAUGUCACCGUGCCUGCCAGACUAAUGGCAGAAAUCGAUUGGACUUCUCACACCUCAGCGACGAGACGAUUGUUGCAAUCCGUCUUUCCUAGAAGGUAA